AUGGGUGCCCUCCUAUCUCUACCGUUGAUGGCGGUACCGAGUGUUGGUACACUCGUAACCGUCGGAACAUCAUGCUGUGGUGCUGCAACAUGCUCUGCUGUCUGCAGUGCUUGUGGGAAAUUCCAGAACAGUAUGGCGACACGGAUCGCUUAUGCGUUCAUUCUCUUGAUCAACUCGAUUAUAUCCUGGAUCAUGCUCACCCCAUGGGCACUCAAGAAGUUGCAACACUUGACACUAGACUACAUGGAGAUUCGGUGCGAUGGGAAAGAAUGCCAUGGAUGGGUGGCGGUCCACCGCAUCAACUUUGGCCUCGGUCUCUUUCAUCUGAUCCUUGCGCUCCUCCUUCUCGGUGUCAAAACCUCCAAAGAUAGCCGCGCGGCGAUUCAGAAUGGUUUCUGGGGCCCCAAGGUCGUUCUCUGGGUGGCCUUUGUGGUCAUGUCAUUCUUCAUCCCCGAGCCUUUCUUCUUCGUCUACGGCAACUACAUCGCUUUCUUCAGCGCCAUGCUCUUUUUGCUUUUGGGUCUGAUUCUAUUGGUGGACCUUGCGCACUCGUGGGCCGAGUUGUGCCUGCAAAAGAUUGAGGACAGCGACUCCCGUUUGUGGCGUGGCCUGCUUAUUGGCUCCACCCUCGGCAUGUACCUGGCGUCGCUCGUCAUGACAAUCCUGAUGUACAUUUUCUUCGCGAAGAGCGGGUGCUCCAUGAACCAAGCCGCGAUCACGAUUAACCUCAUCGUCUUCCUCAUCAUUUCGUUCGUGUCCGUUCAGCCGGCGGUCCAAGAAUCCAAUACUCGGGCGGGUCUGGCCCAGGCUGCGAUGGUCACCGUCUACUGCACGUACCUCACCUUGUCCGCCGUUUCGAUGGAGCCCGAUGACAACAACUGCAACCCGCUGAUCCGCUCGCGGGGAACCCGAACCGUCACUAUCGUCCUGGGUGCCAUUGUGACCAUGGCGACCAUCGCGUACACGACCACGCGCGCUGCUACUCAGGGAAUCGCAUUGGGAUCCAAGGGUGGUCACAACUACGCUGCGCUGGGCACGGAGGACAACGAGCACGGCCUCAUCACCCAACAGCCCAACAGUCGCCGGGAAAUGCGCGCCGAGGCUCUCCGGGCCGCGGUUGAGAGCGGGAGUUUGCCGGCUAGUGCCCUGGAUGAGAGCGAUGACGAAGAAGAGUUUGAGAACAGCAACAAGGACGACGAACGCGUCUCGACGCAGUACAACUACUCGCUCUUCCACGUUAUUUUCUUCCUCGCCACGACCUGGGUGGCAACUUUGCUGGCUCAAGGCUUGCAGGUCGAGUCCACCAUGGACUUUGCUCCGGUAGGCCGCACUUACUGGGCCAGCUGGGUGAAGAUCGUCAGCGCGUGGGUGUGCUAUGCGAUCUAUUUGUGGACGCUGGUUGCACCCGUUCUUCUGCCAGAUCGCUUCGGCGUUUACUAG